GGGCGGGGGGUGGGAACAGGCCGCAGAAGCCCAAGCCCUGACCCACCGGCGGCUGCGGCGACGCCGCGCCGGCGCCCCCCAUGCGCCAGGCGGCCGGACGGCGGCGUCGGGGGGCGCCAUGGCCUCGGCGGCGGCGGCGGCGGCGGCGGGCGAAACGGAGGAAACCACCCGGCUGCGCAAGCCGCGCUUCUCGUUCGAAGAGAACCAGAUCCUGAUCCGCGAGGUGCGCGCCCACUACCCGCAGCUCUACGGCGCGCAGAGCCGUCGGGUGAGCGUGGCCGAGCGGCGGCGCGUGUGGGACGGCAUCGCUGCCAAGAUCAACGGUAUCACCAGCUGGAAGCGCACGGGCCAGGAGGUGCAGAAGCGCUGGAACGACUUCAAGCGCCGCACCAAGGAGAAGCUCGCCCGCGUGCCGCACUCCACGCAGGGUGCCGGGCCCGCCGCCGAGGACGCCUUCUCUGCAGAAGAGGAGACCAUUUUUGCCAUCCUGGGGCCAGGUGUGGCGGUGCCAGGGGCAGGUGCUGGGGCGGAGGAGCCCCCUGCAGCACCCUCCUCACAGCCGCCGCCCCCAAGCGCCUGCCCCCAACGCUAUGUGUUGUCGGAAGACCGCAGGGAGGACCGACGUGCAGAUACAUCAGCCCACAGCAAGGGGGACUCCAGCAGCCCCGAGCCCUGGGCCCGGCCCUCCUGCAAUCCCCAGGAAGGGGGCUGCCCUCGGCCCAAGGAGCGUGAGUCCCCACCCCCUUCGGCCCUGCAGCCAGUCCAGCUGCCUCGCCUGGCCUUGUCUCCACCGCCUCCAGCCCCUCCACUGCCACCCCCACUGCCGCUGGCCCAAGUGGCACCCUCGCCCCCAAGCCCCCCACCCCCUCCUCGGCCUCCACCCAUGCUCUCGGCCCCAGACCCCUCCCUGGACUUCCUGCGAGCAGCCCCCAAAGUAGAGAUCACCCCAGAGCCCGUGUCUGUGGUGGCUGCUGUGGUGGACGGGGCAGUGGUGGCAGCCAGGGGAGUGAUCAUUGCCCCAAGAAGCGAGGAGGGGGCGCCCCGGCUACCUUCAGCCCCACUCCCUCCACACGACUCCCCCCCACACAAGCGGAGAAAAGGUUUCCCUACACGGAAAAGGCGCGGUCGAUGGAAAUCUCCGUGAAAUCUACUAUCUACACUCCUGCCUGCACCCCCUCUCCCCAGCUUGGCGCAGUCGAGGGGGGCGAUGCUCUCUGCCCAUCCCAGCUGCACCCUAGCUCCCUGCUCCAGGGAUGUGAGCACCCACUCCCUGUGCUAGUUAGUGCCUGAUUCUCUGGGGAGGCCUCAGCAGUGGGCCCCCCCAACCCCUUUCUCUGGUACAGUGCUGUCUGCCUGGCUGCCUCCCUUAACCCUGACUUCUAAGCCAUCGAUUUCAUGUUAUUUAUUAUUGCCCUAUGUGGGGUGGGGAGGAAACCUCUCGGGUCUGCACAUAGCCCUUCCCUAACAAUUCCUGUUCUUGACUUGAAAAGAAUUGACCCGUGGGGGACUCCCUACCUCCCCAUCCCAGACUUUGGAGGGGGUGGGAGUCGUGAGACAAAUCAAAAUAUGGAUGACAAAGAGGAUAUAGCCGUCUAUACCCUAGGGAGAGGAGACUCCGAGUUCUGAUAGGAGAGGCAGAGAUUGGGUUCUCUGCCUACCAUUGCCAUCUCUGACUUCUGGAGCUCAACCCCCUCCUUUCUCCCCAGUGGUGACAAGAUAUCAAUAAACUUAUUUUUAAUACAAUUA